AUGUCAAUCUUCCUGGGCACAGACUCUCAGUUGAUUGGUGAUGGUACACAUUUUGUUCAUCCAACAUAUGCUGACCUCAUCAGCAUGUUGAAACUGAUGUGGGAUGUUGGUCAUGCUGUCACUGAAACUAGUUCAAACUACAAGAUAGAAUAUCUUUUGUUGCAAGUUGAUAUCUUACUAUGUUGUCCCUUGUUUGCUUGCUACAGGUCAGUGGAUGCUUUAGGACUCGAGAACGUGGGGAAAAGUAUUGCCUUUUCACUUGGUUUUCUAUCUUGGUUAAAUGGAACCACUGAUCACACUGACAAUGUGGGGGACCAUUGCAAGCUAUUCUUGGACAAGCACUAUGAACAACCUGUGUCAACAUUAGAUCUUCUCUUGAGAGGUUUCUGUUGCCCUCAAUGUGAUAUCAUGAAUAGAACUGUCCACAAUGAAGAGCAAGUUUCUAUAGUGGACAUUGCACCAUUACAAGUUGAGAAUGUGGACUUCAAUAUUAACAUCUCCAAGGCCCACACUCUCUUUUUCAAAUUUCUCUACACAGGGACUUCUGAGGAAUCUAUAGUUUCUUUGGUUGAAGCUUUGCCACGGUUAUUGAGGCAUUAUAGCAGGCAUCUUCUACUUGAGAUGAGAACUCGGUGGAAUCAGUGUUUUGAAUUUCUUCUGUGUCAUGAAAUGAAAGCUGUCAGGGAAGCAUUUUCUGGUGUAGUCUACUGCUUCUUGGAAAACAGUGUUAUGGAUAUUUUGUUUUCUGGUGGACUGGGAAUGAAUGGAGGGUCUAAAGAACUUCAGUUCAUGGACAAGAUAAAAUGUGCUUUCACCAAAGCUGAAGAUUCUCAGAUUCUUUUGACACUUCUGGAAUCAAUUGGUACUAUUGUGAAAGUUAGUGAUAUUCAUGGAGAAGUUUUCUUCUGUUCAUUUGUGUUACUUAUUGGCCAGCUUGAUAAUCAUAAUUCCAUCAUAAGGAUGACUGCAUUGAGAUUAAUUCACAGAUGCUGUGCAUACUGUUUCAAAGGAGGACUGGAUCUCUUCCUCUUGAAGUACUCACAUGCUAGAGAUAAUUUAUAUGACUAUCUGUCAUCUAGACUUGUGACUCAUCCAGUAAUAAUUAAGGAAUUCGCUGAGGACAUUGUAGAUGGGCAGCAUUUACCAUCAGUUCUGCAAUUUUAUAAGAAUGAGACAGGAACUGAUAGCAAAGAGAUAUUUGCAGCUGCUUUGCCUACACUGCUUGAUGAAAUUGUAUGUUUUCCUGGGGAAUCUGAUCAGAUUGAGAAUGAUAUAAGGACAGCAAAAAUCUCACCAACAAUUCAGAAUAUUGCUAGAAUUCUGACAGGCAGUGAAACUCUUCCUGAGUUUUUGAGGAAUGAUUUUGUUCGCCUUCUCAAUAGCAUUGACAAGAAGAUGCUUCACUCUGAUGAUAUGAAGCUUCAAAAACAAGCUCUCCAGCGAAUAAGGAAAUUGAUUGAGAUGAUGGGCCCUUAUUUGAGUACACAUACGCCAAAGAUUAUGGUCCUGUUGAGUUUCGCCAUUGAUAAGAAGCAAUUGGCUGAAGUGUCACCAAGUAGUAUCAAAUAUGUUCUGUCCCAAGUUGUAGCUGCUUUCAUUCCAUCUCUGGAAAGGUGCAGAGGAUGUCCUUCCAUGAACCUAGGUAAAAUUGUUGAAAUCCUAGAAGAGCUUGUUGUGAAAAACAAUAGCUUGCUAAAGCAACAUAUACGUGAAUUACCACUGUUGCCUAGCAUACCGUCUUUAUCGGAAGUAAACAAGGUAAUAGAGGAAGCUAGAGGGCUAAUGACACUGCAAGAUCAUCUGAAGGAUGCUGUCAAUGGUCUUAAUCAUGAAAGCUUAAAUGUGAGGUACAUGGUAGCUUGUGAGCUGAGUAAAUUAUUCAAUGCCAGAAGGGAGGAUGUGACUGCUCUUAUCAUUGGUGAAGAUAUUGCUGAUUUGGAUGUAAUAAGCUCUUUAGUUAUGGCUUUACUUAAAGGAUGUGCAGAGCAAUCAAGGACUGUUGUUGGCCAGAGACUGAAACUAGUUUGUGCAGACUGUCUUGGCACACUUGGUGCUGUUGAUCCUGCUAAGUUGAAGGUAAGUUCUUGUGAGCGCUUUAAGAUAGAAUGUUCAGAUGAUGAUCUGAUAUUUGAGUUGAUCCACAAGCAUCUUGCAAGGGCAUUCAGAGCUGCUGCUGACACUACAGUGCAAGAUUCUGCUGCCUUGGCUAUCCAGGAGCUACUAAAAUUGGCAGGUUGCCAGUCUUCAUCUAGUGAAGAAUCAAAUUGUUGUGAGAUGAGCUACAGGGGCCAAAAGUUGUGGGACCGUUUCUCAAACUAUGUCAAGGAAAUUAUUGCCCCAUGCUUAACAUCGAGGUUUCAUCUUCCUAACACAACUGAUUCUGCUUUAGCUGGCCCAAUAUUCCGCCCAACAAUGUCUUUUAGAAGGUGGAUAUACUACUGGAUUAGAAAGUUGUCAUCACAUGCAACUGGAUCCCGUUCUAGUAUUUUUAGUGCAUGCCGUGGAAUUCUUCGGCAUGACAUGCCAACUGCAAUCUAUCUCUUACCAUACUUGGUCUUAAAUGUUGUCUGUUAUGGUACUCCAGAGGCUCGUCAGAGCAUUACUGAGGAAAUUCUGUGUGUUCUCAAUGCUGCUGCUUCUGAAAAUAGUGGGGCUGCUGUUCAUGAAAUUGCAGUGGUGCAGAGUGAGGUCUGUAUUCAAGCCAUCUUCACUUUACUUGAUAACCUUGGGCAAUGGGUUGAUGACCUCAAACAGGAAAUUGCUUUAUCCCAGUCUAGUUAUGCCAUGGCUGGAAAGCAUGGAGGUAAACUGAAAGAUGGCACAUAUUCUGAUCAUGAACAGGAUCAAAUGCUGGUGCAGUGUAGCAAUGUUGCUGAGUUGCUGGCUGCUAUACCUAAAGUCACUCUAGCAAGGGCCUCUCUUAGAUGUCAAGCUCAUGCUCGUGCUCUAAUGUACUUUGAAUCCCAUGUCCAGGAGAAUUCUGGUUCCUCCAAUCCAGCUGCGGAGUGUAGUGGCACCUUUUCAGACAAUGACAUAUCUUUUCUUAUGGAAAUAUAUGGAGGAUUGGAUGAGCCUGAUGGCCUCCUAGGUUUAGCGAAUAUGAGGAAGUCAUCGAGCCUACAGGAUCAGCUUAUCAUUAAUGAGAAAGCUGGAAACUGGGCUGAAGUCCUAACCUUAUGUGAACAGGCCUUGCAAAUGGAACCUACCUCUGUUCAUAGACAAUCCGAUGUUCUUAAUUGUUUGCUAAACAUGUGCCACCUUCAAGGCAUGAUCACCCAUGUGGACGGUUUGGUUUGCAGUAUACCCCAGUAUAAGAAAACUUGGUUCAUGCAUGGAGUGCAAGCAGCGUGGCGAUUAGGGAGAUGGGAUCUCAUGGAUUCAUAUCUGACCAGGACAGACAAGGGUCUGGUGUUCAGCAGUUCUGAGAAUAAUGCUUCUUUUGACAUGGAUCUUGCUAAGAUAUUCAAGGCCAUGAUGAUCAAAGAUCAGUUUCUGGUUGCUGAAAAAAUUGCCCAGUCCAAGCAAGCAUUGCUUGUACCUCUGGCUGCGGCAGGCAUGGACUCAUAUAUGCGUGCAUAUCCUUAUGUUGUCAAGCUCCAUAUGUUGCGUGAGUUGGAAGACUUCAAUUCCCUGUUGGGAGAUGAGUCAUUUAUUGAUAAGUCAUUUCGUGCAAACGAUCCAAACUUUCUGAAGUUAACGAAGGAUUGGGAGAACCGUCUGAGAUGCACACAGCCAUCACUGUGGACAAGGGAACCUUUACUUGCUCUGCGAAGGGUGGUUUUUAGUCAGAGUCAUAUGAAUGUUCAAGUUGGGAACUGCUGGCUUCAGUAUGCUAAGCUCUGCCGUUUGGCUGGUCACAAUGAGACAGCCCACCUUGCAAUACUAGAAGCAGAUGCCUCAGGUGCCCCCAAUGCUCACAUGGAGAAGGCAAAGUAUCUCUGGAAUAUACGGAAGUUUGAUAGCGCUAUAGCUGAACUUCAGCAAACGCUUAUCAACAUGCCAGCGGAAGUUUUGGGAAAUGCUGUUGUUUCAUCUCUUUGUAGCCUCUCUCUUGCUUUUGCCAAAUGCACCUAUCUCUGCAACACAAGCAUUGAAAGAGAAUCCAGAUGUGUCUAA